AUGUUGGCAUGGCAGGAUGGCGGGGCCAAGGCGGCCCCCUCCCAUCACAAGAUAUCCUUCUCGGUCUUGGACAUCCUGGAUCCACAAAAAUUCACCCGCGCUGCACUCCCGGCGGCAGUGCGCUUCGCUCCCCAGGAAGCCAAGAAAAGUUUGGCGGAGAUCGAAGCAGGGAAGGAAGCCAGUCGUGGAGAGCCUGUCCAAGAGCAGGAGACCUCUGAAACUGAGGGCCCAGGCGGUGGCCCCUCAUCCCCCCUGGAGGGCUCCGAGGCCGAAGACGAUGAAGAAGACGCGGAGGACGCGGGGCAAGCGCGAAGGCGGGAGCGAGCUACGCACCUACAGACUGGGCCCGCACGCUCCCCCGACGCGCGGGGGGCCACACUGGGGACCGCCGAGUGCAGCGUGGACGGCGAGGGCGGCCAGGUGGGCGCCCCAGGCUCUCCCGGCUCCCCGCGGCCCCGGCGCCGGCGCUCGGAGCCCAGCUGCGCCAAGCCCCGUCGCGCGCGCACUGCCUUCACCUACGAGCAGCUGGUGGCCUUGGAGAACAAGUUCAGGGCCACCCGCUACCUGUCGGUGUGUGAGCGCCUGAACCUAGCGCUGUCGCUCAGCCUCACCGAGACGCAGGUCAAAAUCUGGUUUCAGAACCGCAGGACCAAGUGGAAGAAGCAGAACCCGGGAGCCGACGGGGCGGCGCAGGCGGGGGCGGGGGCGCCACAGCCCGGGACAGCCGGCGCGGCAGCGGGCACCUGCGGCGGCGGCACGGGGGGCAGCCCCGGCCCGCCGGGCCCCGGAGCUCUGCCCUUCCAGACGUUUCCCUCCUACGCCGCGGCCAACGUCCUCCUCCCGGCCGCCGCAUCCUUCUCGCUGACGGCCGCCACCGGGAGCCCCUUCGCGCCCUUCCUCGGGCCCUCCUACUUGACCCCCUUCUACACCCCGCACCUGUGA